AACUUAUUUCUCAUUACAUUUUGUGAUAUAAGUUUUUGAUGAUCGUGUUUCUCCUGUUAAAUCUCGCCAGUUGACUAGUCAUUAGCUGAUGUAUUAUAUGUUUCAGUUCAAAUGAGUUGAUUUUUGUUGAAACUGUGAAGAAGAUCCCUCGAUAUUCACCAAAUGGUUGAUCGUUAUUAUGUCACAUUCUUUGUGGUGCUAACUUGUAUUCUCCGAGCAUUUGAUGCUAGUCCUGGUGAUGCUGACCCAGUAUAUGCGUCUUGUGUAAAGCAAUGUAAACAGACAGGAUGUGUUAAGAAAGUUUGUCUUCCACAGUGUAAUUCUUCUGCAAAUAGUAACCCUCUAGAUGGCCAACUGUACAAGCCAGAACCAGUUUAUCUGAGAUGGAAACAAUGGGAUUGCCAAAGUGAAUGUCGUUACCAUUGUAUGCUAAACAGAGAGAAACUUAGAGCAGAAUAUGAACUUCCUCCUGUCAAAUAUCAUGGUAAAUGGCCUUUUACACGUGUGUAUGGGAUUCAGGAACCCGCUUCGGUGGUUCUCUCUGUGCUGAACCUGGCAAUGCAUUUCCAAGGCUGGCUAUCGUUUGUCAUCCUGUUGUACUACAAGCUUCCCUUAAGACCACUUAAGAGCCCAUAUUAUGACUAUGCAGCUCUCUGGCAUAUCUAUGGACUCUUUGCCUUGAACUCGUGGUUCUGGAGUGCUAUUUUCCACAGUCGAGACAUGGAUUUGACCGAGAGGCUAGAUUAUUCAUCUGCUAUCGCAUUACUUGGUUACUCAUUAAUUUUGGCUAUAUUAAGAAGUUUUAAUGUGAGGGUUGAGGCAGCCAGAGUAAUGGUUGCUGCUCCGCUGCUUGCUUUUGUGACCACCCACAUAUUGUACCUCAACAAUUAUGAGAUGAAUUAUGGGUGGAACAUGAAGGUUUGUGUUUUCAUGGGUGUUGCACAACUUCUUAUCUGGUCAGUAUGGGCCGGUAUCACUCACCAUCCUUCACGCUGGAAAUUGUGGUUUGUGGUCGUGGGAGGUGGCCUGGCAAUGCUACUAGAGAUUUAUGAUUUCCCUCCGUAUAAAGGAUUUUUGGAUGCUCAUGCUCUUUGGCAUGCCACCACAAUUCCCUUGACAUACAUCUGGUGGAGUUUCAUCAAAGACGAUGCUGAAUUCCGAACAUCUAAGCUCUUGGAUAAGGUGAAAUAGGAAGUUACAAAAGAAAAAUUAUGACAUAAUGAAUGGGUCUAUGAAGAUCCCAGAAGUGCAUAUUUUGCAUUACAGGGUUUUUACUAUCAUUUAGAAAGGGAUUUGUACUUUAUUUUGCUAAAACUCUUUCACUUUAUAUAGUAGAAUGUGAUGUUGUAACUCUACUGUUUAUUUAAUUUUUAAGAUGCGUGUUUAGGAUUAUAGGAAUCAUUAGGGAAUUUUGUAUUUGUAUUCUGCUGACAGUUUAGCUGCAGAAGCUUGUCAAAACACUUGACUGUAGAUGUAAUUUUUGUACUCGUCCACUCAAACCUAGUGUUUCUAUGUUAUGUGCAAUGGACUACUUUUCCUA